AUGUGUUUUCCUACUGCCCAAGACUUCCGCCUGGCUCUUAUUCAGCUUCAUGUAUCUGCUGUUAAAUCAGACAAUCUUCAACGAGCCUGUGGACUGGUGAGAGAAGCAUCAGCUAAAGGAGCAAAAGUUGUGGCUCUACCUGAGUGCUUUAAUUCUCCGUAUGGAACCCAAUACUUUAAGGAGUAUGCAGAGAAGAUCCCUGGGGAAUCAACACAAAAGCUCUCAGAAGUUGCAAAGGAGUGCAGCAUAUAUCUCAUUGGAGGAUCCAUUCCAGAAGAGGAUGGUGGAAAGCUGUAUAAUACGUGUACUGUCUUUGGGCCUGAUGGUGCUAUGUUGGCAAAGCAUAGGAAGGUUCAUUUGUUUGACAUUAAUAUUCCUGGGAAGAUACAAUUCAAGGAGUCUGAAACACUGAGUGCAGGGAAUAGUUUCUCCGUGUUUGACACUCCAUACUGCAAAGUGGGCCUGGGCAUCUGCUAUGACAUCAGAUUUGCUGAGAUGGCUCAAAUCUACGGACAGAAAGGCUGCCAGCUGCUGAUAUAUCCAGGGGCUUUUAACCUGACAACAGGACCAGCUCAUUGGGAACUGCUACAAAGGGGACGAGCUGUUGAUAAUCAAGUUUACGUAGCUGCCGUAUCUCCUGCUAGAGAUGAAAAAGCAUCGUAUGUUGCCUGGGGACACAGCACUGUAGUAAAUCCAUGGGGUGAAGUCAUAGCCAAAGCUGGGGCUGAGGAAACAGUUAUAUACACAGAUAAAGAUCUGAAGAAACUUGCAGAAAUACGUCAACAAAUUCCUAUUUUAAGCCAGAAGCGUUGUGAUCUCUAUGGCAUAGAGAUGAAAAACUGUGCCAACUGA